GACUGACACAGCUGCGGGGGGUCAGAGGCGGGACACUCGCACCCUUGGAAUGACUACGUCCAAGGGCUUGGGCGGGAGCCCCACCUUCCUAUCUGCUUGCCCUGCCUGGGGCUUCACUGUGCCUCUGGCCAUUACCUUCCAGCACUUGCCCAGCCCACACCAGGUCGCGCACCGGCGAUUUCUCCCGUAGAACAGAGAAGGAAAUAGAGGGACUGAAAAGGGUGGGACUCGAACCCAAGUCUCCCACUCGCCCCACCCCACCCCCCCACUCCACUCCACUCCACACAUCCCAUCCAGACAGCCUUUUCUGCCUGCUGGUGCCUCGGCCGCUGUCCCAGCCCCGCCCCGCGGGCUCGCACGUGGCCCCCGCCUGACCCGGCGCCCCGGGGCGGAGUGGGGCGGAGCGGGCGGCAAACGCAGCACUUUCCGCGGCUUUGACGAGCCCGCAGCGGCCGGGCCCGAGCGCUGAGCCGGGCCGAGACUGCACCAUGCAGGAAGCGCCAGCCGCGCUGCCCACGGAGCCAGGCCCCAGCCCCGUGCCUGCCUUCCUCGGCAAGCUAUGGGCGCUGGUGGGGGACCCAGGCACAGACCACCUGAUUCGCUGGAGCCCGAGCGGGACCAGUUUCCUCGUAAGCGACCAGAGCCGCUUCGCCAAGGAAGUGCUGCCCCAGUAUUUCAAGCAUAGCAACAUGGCGAGCUUCGUGCGCCAACUCAACAUGUACGGUUUUCGGAAGGUGGUGAGCAUCGAGCAGGGCGGCCUGCUUAGGCCGGAGCGCGACCACGUCGAGUUCCAGCACCCGAGCUUCGUGCGCGGCCGCGAGCAGCUACUGGAGCGCGUGCGGCGCAAGGUGCCUGCGCUGCGCGGCGACGACGGCCGCUGGCGCCCGGAGGACCUGGGUCGACUACUGGGCGAGGUGCAGGCUUUGCGGGGAGUGCAGGAGAGCACCGAGGCGCGGCUGCGGGAGCUCAGGCAGCAGAACGAGAUCUUGUGGAGGGAGGUGGUGACACUUCGGCAGAGCCACGGUCAGCAGCACCGGGUCAUUGGCAAGCUGAUCCAGUGUCUCUUUGGGCCACUUCAGGCGGGGCCGAGCAAUGCAGGAGGCAAGAGAAAGCUGUCCCUGAUGCUGGAUGAGGGGAGCUCAUGCCCAACACCUGCCAAGUUCAACACCUGUCCUCUACCUGGUGCCCUUCUGCAGGACCCCUACUUCAUCCAGUCGCCCCUCCCAGAGACGACUUUGGGCCUCAGCCCUCACAGGGCCAGGGGCCCCAUCAUCUCUGACAUCCCAGAAGACUCUCCAUCCCCUGAGAGGAUCAGGCUUUCUCCCUCCAGUGAUGGCAGGAGGGAGAAGGGCCUGGCACUGCUCAAAGAAGAGCCGGCCAGUCCAGGGGGGGAUGGCGAGGCCGGGCUGGCCCUGGCCCCAAACGAGUGUGACUUCUGCGUGACAGCCCCCCCACCGCUGCCUGUGGCUGUGGUGCAGGCCAUCCUGGAAGGGAAAGGGAGCUUCAGCCCCGAGGGGCCCAGGAAUGCCCAACAGCCUGAACCAGGGGAUCCCAGGGAGAUACCUGACAGGGGGCCUCUGGGCCUGGAGAGCGGAGACAGGAGCCCAGAGAGUCUGCUGCCUCCGAUGCUGCUUCAGCCCCCUCAAGAAAGUGUGGAGUCUGCAGGGCCUCUAGAUGUGCUGGGCCCCAGUCUCCAAGGGCAAGAAUGGACCCUGAUGGACUUGGACAUGGAGCUGUCCUUGAUGCAGCCCUUGGUUCCAGAGCGGGGUGAGCCUGAGCUGGCGGUCAAGGGGUUAAAUUCUCCAAGCCCAGGGAAGGACCCCACGCUCGGGGCCCCACUCCUGCUGGAUGUCCAGGCAGCCUUGGGAGGCCCACCCCUGGGCCUGCCUGGGGCUUUAACCAUUUACAGCACUCCUGAGAGCCGGACCGCCUCCUACUUGGGCUCUGAAGCCAGUCCCUCCCCCUGAGACCCCGCGCCUCUGAAGGGGCUUGGAACCAGUCCGCGGCUGCACAUCCUUCUUGGCUUCCUGGCGCCCCCUGGCGGGAGUGAGCGAAGUCCCUACUAUUCAACGGCCUCUCUCCACUACCCCGAUGAACCCUGCACAUAAACACCAUUUUUUUUUU